UGUAGUGAAGGUACAAUCAGUUUUGUUAUUUCAUCAAAUUCAAAACAACAACAAUAGAGUACUUUGGUCGCUCAGUCAGUAACUUCAUCAUCAACGAUCUUUUCCUCUUCUUCUUCAGUUCAGUAGCCUUAGCUUGUCGUUUUUUUGUUGGUGACUCCAACCAACCUCUUUGGCUUUCUGGGUCUGAUCCUAAAAGGCCUCUCGAUGUCUCAAACAAAGGAACCUCGUCGGAUCCUCCGACAAAAGAAGGACCAUCUCCCACAUGACAUCGUACUCAACAUCUUGGCGAACCUACCUGUCAAAUCAGUCCUAAGAUUCAGGUGUGUUUCUAAAACCUGGGAUUUCUCAAUCACCACUCCUAAUUUCAUCUCCACACACCUUAAUCUUAAUCUUAACAACAACAACAACAACAACUUAGCUUAUCUCAUAAACAAUUCUACUCCUUUUAACAGCAACAUCCCAAUCUUUAUCGAUGGUUAUGACCACAAAUUUAAUAGGAUUUCUGAGUACCCAAUUCCCUUUGCUUUUCUUUUAUCUAAUGCCCACUCAGUUAGUUCAUGCAAUGGCCUGGUGUGUCUCACUGAAUUAAGAAAAACUUCCACUCAUAUAUAUUUGUGGAACCCCAGCAUUAGAAAACUUAAGAGGUUGCCUGAUUUUUCCCCAACCAAACGUGAUUGGCUUUCUACUGGAUUUGCUUAUCAGUCCAACACCAAUGACUACAAGGUUGUCAUGAUCUCUCACAUGCCUGCACCUGAACCCAACCACCAUUGGGUUGAGCUUGGAGCUGACGUUUACACAUUUAGCUCCAACUCUUGGAGAAGGGUUGGAAUGUCAUUGACACACAUUUUUAUGGUCUCCCCUUUCAACAAUUGGAAUACCACAUUUGUUAGUGGGGCUUUGCAUUGGUUGGGAGACGUUUGUAAAGCCGCGCCUUUUCGCAUGAUUUUGUCAUUUGAUGUCAAUAAUGAUAAAUUUAAAGAGAUGGCACUUCCUGAUGUACAACAAUUGCUACCGCAAGGUCUAAUGGCAGACCCAAAUUCUCUGUUGGUGUUCAAGGGGAAACUGGCCUUCAUUACAUUGGGUUACCUCAGAUUCAACCACGUCAAUGAAGACGAAUACAAUGACUUUAUGAGGUCGCAUACACCUCAUUCAUGCUUCAUAUGGGUGAUGGGGGAGUAUGGUGUACAUGAAUCAUGGAGCAAACUUUUUUUUGUCCGGUUUGAAAAUGUUGUCUCUGUACGUUUCUUUGGUUGCACCAGUCGUGGUGAACUGCUAGUUAUAAAGAAAGUUUAUCCAGUAACCAAUGGUGGACAGAAGAGGUACGUGGUUGUUUCACUUGACCUUGAAACUUUACAUGAGAAGGAUCUUGGUUUCCAAAAGGUUCCAGAUAUAGCUACUACUUUUGUGGAAAGCCUUGUGUUACUUGAUGAAGCAACUGAACUAUCUGGAUAAGAAGUGAAAUUGUUAGUGAUAAUCAUAGGAUUUUGUUAUGUAAGUGUGAUACCAAUGAGACCAUUAUCAUAUUGUUUCCUUUGGUAUCAUUUUGUUUUGAGGUAGGCAGAAAAGUAUUGAUGUAAUGUAGGUGAAUUUUAUUCUUGAUUUAUACCAAAACUUAAUGCUUCUUAGGAAUCUCA